UAGAAUCAGUACAACGACUUCCCCUGCUAAGUGUCUGAUGCCCGAGCUCUUACCAUUCAGUCAACCUUGCCAGCCGCUUAAAGAAAGGUUUGUCACUGACCUUCAGGCAGAAAGGUCAAACGUUGUGAGGGUGGUACCAGAUGGAUCAUGGUGGUCAGUUUGAGAGGGAGGACAUAGGAAUGUCUCAAGUUCAGGUGGGCGGGGUUGACCUCUGUGAUAACCUAUGCAGCCCCGAGCCUCUCACUGCCCAAACUCGAAAUCUCAAUGAGACAAACACGCUCGCACAGACUCCAAGUCUCUCUCCUUCACAAAAAGAAGACACAAGGGGGCGUGGGCUCAUCCAAAAAACAUCUCUCAGAAACAAUGGGAAGGACAUGGAGGAGGGAUACACAAGAGGAGGGAGAGAGGAGGAUGAGGAAGAGGACAUUGAUGAGGUGAUGAAGGAAGAAGAGGAGGAAGUGUCAGAGGGAUCAAGUUCUCUAAUUCGCUGUCAGUCUCCAGACACUCCCAUGACUGAUUCCUCCUAUUCAGAAACUGGCAGUCUGUUGGAGGGUCCAUAUCCUUUCAGUCCUGGGACCAGUCCAGAGCCCACAUCUCCUGUCAUUCCUGUGGUCAGUCCAGAAACUGCACAUCCCAUCUGUCAAGUGGCGCUGAGCCAGAGUGAUGUCGAAGUGGAGUCUCAUACCUCCAACACUGAAUCAGUUGCCACCAACUCAGGGUCCAUUACAUUGGGACCCACCUUCACCACGGGGCCUAUAGAUUCUACUGCACUACCUAUGACCUCAGACGCCAGGCCUGCCAGCCCGCCUGAGCAGACAUGUAUCACAGAAGCUACAGACUGGAUAGCAAAAAAUACUAGCUUCACUACAGAAGAUCUUACCUCAUCCACAGAGCCCUUCUUCGACCAUGGGCUCUCAUGUGCCAGAGGGUUUGCCACUUCAUAUACAGCACCCAACGCCUCAACUACAUUUACAGUUACAGCUUGCACCACAAGGCUCAACACUUCCAUUGCCUCCACUCCUAUGAGUGCAACAACAGGACCCCUUACCUUUACCACAGGGCCUACAACUACUGGUACAGAACCCACUUCCUCCACAGGACCUCUAAUCCCAAAUUGGGAACAAAUUACCUCCACUCCAGUGCCCACUUGUUUCUCUUUCUCCACCUGCACCACAAAACCUAUUCCAAGCCCUGUUCUGCUGGAGUCUCUUGAGCAGUUGGCACAAAGAGGAGAUGACACUCACCUUCCACAUUACCUUCACCAGAUUGCUGAGACCUUUGUCCUUCACAAAGACUACGAGCGGGCAUUAUGGUGCAUCCAGCUAGAGAGGCUCUAUCACCAGAGAGUAUUGGACAACCUGAAUGCACUACAAGAACAGUGGGAGAGUCAGUGUAGAAGGACUUCCCCCAACCUGGCAACGCAGCAUCUGGACACUCUUAAACACAUCUGCCAGACGCACAGUCGACCAAGAGCUAAAGAUGCUGUGUGUGCGUCUCUGGACAUUUUGAGGCCUCCAUUAGAAGACGGUGGUGCGCUGCCUCCAUGUACCUCAGCCCAUCACCCUGAAGACUCCUCUUGUUCACAGGGCAGCUAUCCAGUCAUACCCUCCAUUAUUUUAGCUGAUGGGCUCAAUUCCCCUGAGAUCUCAGCAAAGGACAGGGAAGCCCCAGACAGGCCAUUAGAGGGGAGGGAAGGUUUCCAUGGAUCUCAGCUGACUGACAGGCAGGGCAGUGACAGAGAGGGAAGAGAGGCGGACGGUGGGGUAGGAUACACCACUCCAGUCGUAGGAAAUGAACUGCACCCCUCUACAGCUGAAGAAAUGGAUCAGUCCAAGCCCGCAGAGCUGCAGGGAGGAGAUUUAGGUCUAGCACCGGAAAAGGAGGCAAAAAGGGAGGAAGAGGAGAGGGACGUGGAGGAGGCAGCUGAGGCUUUGGAGAUGGAAGAAGAGGGAGAGGAUGAAGAGGAGGAGAAGCAGAAGGAAGGAGAUUCUCCUUUUUUUCAGAAAGCUCUCCCAGUGGAGACUCUGGUCAGUGGGGCAGAGGUGGAGGUACAGCAGCUGCACCAAGAAGCCCUAGCUGAGGAGAAGCUACAUGAGGACACCCAGGAGAGCACGAAAACCAGCCGGCACCAGGAGGGCCACCUUCCUCACGAGGUUCAUCUGAAGCAGCAGGAGCAGGUUGAGGAGGAGGAGGUGGAGGAGGAGGAAGAGGAGGAAUAUGACUAUGAAGUAGAACAGGCUGACAUCAUCAGAGAAGCGGCCUCACUCGAUGACAUGGCUAAACUCAUCACUGUUGAGGAGAUGUCUCCUGCCUCAGGCCUGGUCUCCAUAUUGAAGAAGCGGAGUGUUUCCGUGGACAGCGAGAGUGUGUCUGCCGGCUCAGAGCCGCAACCCGACAAACCCUCUGCCAAAAGGCGCGUCCGCUUCAGAGUCCCUGAUGAUGGCUAUGAACAUGAUGUUGGCGGUGGGGACUCCUGCCUCCUUCUCUUCCUGCUUUGUCUGGUUACAGUAGUGAUCAGCGUGGGUGGCACUGCCCUGUACUGUGCUCUGGGCGAUUCCCACUCAUCAGUCUGUCAGGACUUCUCCAGAAAUGCAGACUUCUACAUUGGCCAGAUACAGCGCGGGAUAUCUUACAUGCAACAUUGGUUCAGCCACGGGUCAUAGCAGCAAACAGUUUGGAACAUUGUGGAACCACUGGCCUUACUGUUUAUCACUGUCGGUUCCAGCAGUUCUGACUGCUUCCUGUUUUCUGAGGUAAUGGUGCCUGGCAGCUGCUACAGUCUCUGUCCCUAUGUGGAGCAAGUGGCUAUUAUGCUGCCUAAUUGGCUGAAUGAUUAUAUCAGAUGCGGUUGGCAUUUGAAAGCCUGCUCUACUGCAUUUUUAAUGCUGUUUGAAUACAAUCCCAGGGUUGACUGAGACUAAAAGUCGUAGGUCAGAUGUCCCUUCACAACACACAUUUGAAAGGGAAAGCAGAGGAAAGAGAGAAGGGGAUAACUGGAGAAUGGAGACUGCAUAACAGAAGAGGAAGAACUGACCUACACCUCUCAACCCUACCAGAUUAAAUAUGUUAUAAAUUCUCAAACUAGGUUCAUGUGAAUCAUGUGUCUUAUUUAACCUGUCAGCCAGUGAUGCUCAAGUUUUAAAGUCACUGGUAGAUAAAUCAAUCAUGGCUGGAUACAAACUUUCACUAACUCACACUGGACAUCAAGACUGAGUUCCCUCAGUUAAGAAAAAGAACAAAGUCAUCUGCAACCCACUGAGAUGUAAAAAAUAAAUAUGUAUAGUUUGUUAGCCGGGGGGCACAGAGGUGCUCUCCCCACACACUGCACAAAUGGGAAGUGCUCCAGUGGGCAUUUUAUGGUCUGCUGCAACCACUAGUGUUGCUUUUACUGUUGACUUUUUUAAAUCGCAAAUGAAAUUUUAAAAUGAGCAAACUGUUAUGUGGUUAAUUGGAAUGAAAUCAUUGUCUUAAUCGUGUCUUAAUCAACCUUUGAAUGAAUUUUUGGAGUUUAAUGUUUGCUUUGUGUCAUCUGUGGGGCAUUUAUAUAUGGUCAGAAAGAAAAGAUUGAAAGGGUUAUUUUGGUAUUGUAACACUGAGCUGCUAAUGGACAACAGGCACAUCAGAUAUGUCCCAUGGGGAAAAUUACACAGUUCAAUUGCAUGUAACAACUGUGAUCUUAACAUUGCAUUUGCAAUGAGCAGUUGCUGAAGAAAUCUACAUCCGCUGCUCAGUUAUACUCAAUGUACUUUUCCCCCCACACACAUUUGACAUAAGUGUCCUGACGCUGCCCUUGCCUGUAUAAUUACCAACAUUGAGAUUUGGAGUGAGGUGACAUGGUCGCCACUGGAAACUUUAGUCCAAACUCUGCGUUUCUGGGUUUUAAUGAGCUAGAUUUAGCUUUGUGUAGCAUAUGCAACAUGUACAGCAACACAGUGCACCUCUGUAUGUAUUGUUAUAAGAAUGUUUAACAUGUUGCACAUAAGACUGGUACAUUUUUUUUAGUACACUGCAAUAUUUCUACAGGUAUUUUUGUGUUGGUUCUAGACUUAAUGCAGGCUUUACAUGAUUUAAAGAAGAAACAAACAAUAUCCAUAUCCACAAACUUGUUUUCAGGGUCAGUGUGAAAAGUACAUGCCAGUAUACAGUAGUUAUGCACAAAUACGUUGAACAGAAUGUACUCCACACAGGUCUGGCUAGGUUUGGAAUAUUUCAGUAAAAUCAAAACUGCUAAAUAAGAAUUGUGCUAUUAAUGCUAAAAGCAAUUACUGAGUGUACUUUAGCAGCACAGGAUUGUUAUUGAUGGACUCAUUUGAAGCACUGUUUUGAUCCAGCUCUGCCCGCCUACCGUGUGUGUUUGCUGUUCUCAGAGAUUCUGGCCAUCAGAGUGCGAUUGUCAAUGUUUUCAGUUUUUCCCAAACUACUUUAGUGCAACUCAGAAUGAUUUUGGCCUUCUUUAAGACUCGUGUACUUAACAUUUGCCAUUUUUGUGAAACGCGUCUUAAUUUGUUUUGGAAAAAGGCUUACACUUUGUCCGUGAAACCAAGCCUUCACUCUCACACCAGUGCUUUAACUCUUAUUUCUAAUCAUUUUAAAGCAAAUGUCAGUCUUAUGGGGUCAUUUUACUGCUUAAUCUCACUGUUCCUUCGUCAGACCUUUAGUUUUUAGAUUUCAUUUCAACAUAUUGCAAUGUUUGCUGUCCUGUUAAUUUUAUGUCCUUUCAUUUGCUGUAGGAGUGGAUGAUGCCAUAAAAAAAUGCCCUAGAAAAACCACAUAUCUCACAACGGUCUGAAUUGUCAUGAUGUAAAGAAGAAGAAAAAAACAGUAUCAAAGAGGAGACAUUUAAGAGUCUCAUCUAUGCAUUUAUAACCAUAUUAUCUUUCGCAUGGUGUGUCACUCACAAAACCCUGAACAUUUGUUUGAGAUAUGAGGUUUUCCCAGGACAUAAGUUAUUAGUAAUAGUAGAUUUAAUUCUUGUGUUUAUUUGCACAUGUCGUCUGGCUGGUUCAGAUGACUAUCACUCAGAAAACCUCUUAUUUAAUCUUCUGGAUGAUUUUAAUUAUUUAUAAUAGAAGGGAUGUCAAGUCUAGGCGGUUCAGGAAAAGGAGAUGCAUCUUCUUUUUGUUUGUUUUCUUAACUUGAUUAUUGUCAUGCAUCAGACAUGUUUUUCACCUCUUAAAUCACCGUUUGUUCUUAAGGAAGAUUUCAUGCUCUAACUCUGAAUUCCAUCUGGGUCAUCAUUAUAUGUGGUUUAUUUUCAUUCAUUUUCAUCUUUCGCCCUCACACACAAGAUUGUUAAAAGCUUCAUGUUUCUCCCAUCUUUAAGCAUAGGAUAUAUUUUCAUGUGUUUUAACCAACUGGUUUUUAAUAGAGCAUUAGAAAUGAAUGAAUGAAUGAAAAGUCAUGUUUUUUUGUGUGUGUGUGUGUGUGUGUGGAUCGGUACCUGAUGAAAGCCGUUUUAUGACUUGUUUGAUGAACUCUUCCACUUUGUUCUUACAGAUUGUAAUGAGAAGAGGUUUUUAUUUUUUCUUGUUAAAACACCUCUUCCCUGUUAUGUCUCAUGUUAAAGCCUUUGAAAAAAGUUGUUUGUGAGCCUCCAUUCUGUCUCUUCUGCAACAAUGCUGACCGGUAUUCUUGUUCACGCAGAAGGUAAUGGGCCAAACUUGAUGUUUUCAGAUUUUGAAACUGAUGUAAAAACGUUCCCAGUUUCAGUGCGCAGAGCUUAAAAGUGUACUGGUGCACAAAGAGUUAAAGUAGGCUCUCUAUAAGGCUUACUGUGGAUGUGACUGUCUCAGUCAUGUAGCAAUACAUGUAGCCCCUUGUGUACAGCAAUGUUACUCUCAACAGCAUGUUGAGGACAUAAUGAAUAGACUAAAACUUAAAAGGGCUAUGGUCACAAAAGUCCUGCAGUCUCUUUCCUUGCCUCUUUAUUUCUUGUCAGUCUGGCUUCUAUGACAGGAUGUAUGUUUAAACUUGCUGGAAAAUAAACCUGCCUCAUGAGUCAAAUCUUUGUUCUGAUCAGAAGGAACAGACUCGUCCUCUGUGGAAGCAAAGAUGUCUUUGGACCAAGCAUAAAAAUUGCUUUUACAGUCACAUUUUUGUAGAUUUGUUCUCUCCUGGAAAGCAGCAUGCAUAAUGUGAUUGACCAUAGCAAAUGUUUGAAUCACAAAGCUUGUGGCUCAUUCCCAGCUCAGCACAUCGAGAAGGAGAGAAUGUUUGAAAUCACGACUAAUUCAGUACUAAGGUUUAAGACCAAAUUUGAUUUAAAAUGACAGGAUAUUAUCACAGAGACACUUAGACACCUUAGUAGCCUCAGUGAUGUAGAUGGAUAGACAUAUGGAUACCAAGUCAAGUAUUUAAACACUAGCUAAUGGUGUUUAUGUAUCUUUCUUGCUUUUACUUAAGCUGCAGGAAAAUGGAGGAGUUUCAGGAGGAUUGUGAGCCUGACAUCAGAUAGUUUUGCAGUAACAGGAAGGAACAACAGUUUUGAUCUCAAAUCUGGGAGCUGUCACACUGGGUAAAUUUAAAUAAGGUUAUGUGACUUUACCUGCUUUAGUUGGAGAACUAACAAAGAUGCUGGUAUUAGCUAAUGUUAGACCUAAGCAUUUAAACAUAUUUGAAUGACAAAAACACUAGUUGCUAGCUGGCAAACUGAAACCACUGAUUCAGAGACGAACACAAGACCUUGAUUCUUGAGUUAUAUUUUCUGCUUCACUGGCAUGAAUGAUACUGUGGCGUCUUGUAUCAUAUUUGAUCUACAUAUAUGUUGUACGUUGCAUAUGCAGAAUAUCCUGGAUUGUGAUGCCAUUGUUAUGUUGAGCAAAAUGUAAUAGUGAUGUCAUAGAACCACAUCAUGAGUUACCCUGUGAUUUCCAGCACUAGUGUACUUGUAGCUGCAAUUCUCAAAGUAGUGUAUUUUCUAAGGUUUUCCUUUUCUUUCCAGAUAAAGGCCAUAUAAGUGAGACACAAGUUACAUGUAUGUGCAG